AUGUCUUCUUCAAAACAACAAUAUGGCUCUUGGAAAACUCCCAAGGCUGGAUCUAAACAGCGCGCUAAUGCUCGUAACCCCACCGGUUUAGGUAGAGCCCUGAAAAACAGCCAAAAAAAAGCAGGUAAACCUCAAGGCUUCAUUGACGGCCAAGGCAACUUUCGCUACACAACUGACCUGCCCGAUGGUGAGACUGUUAGAGAAAACGCAUCUCAAAAUCCUAAUGAACCUGGCUGGGUCAAACUUCGCUCAGUCACCCAGGAAAACGCUCUUGAUGAGUUUCUUUCCACAGCUGAACUUGCCGCCACUGAUUUCACUGCAGACAGAUAUAACAAUGUCAAAAUCAUUAGCCAAAAUGGCGUCGAUCUACCAGGUGGAAACAACAUUUCUGGACUCCCAGUAUCAAACUUUACUGCUCACAAUCCUUACCUUCUUACAGCCCAACAGCGCGAGCAACUCGAAGCUAUCCAUGCCCAAAAUAGAAGUAAACUUACUGUCCCCAGAAGACCAAAAUGGGAACGCGGCGUAACUACUGCCACAGAGCUUGAUCGACUCGAAAAAGAGGCCUUUUUAGAUUGGAGAAGAGAGCUCGCUAAUCUUCAAGAUAACCAAGACUUGCUACUUACCCCAUUUGAGCGCAAUAUUGAGGUCUGGAGACAACUGUGGCGUGUCAUUGAGCGAUCUGAUCUUGUUGUUCAGAUUGUUGAUGCAAGAAACCCUCUUUUUUUUAGAUCUGAGGAUCUUGAGGCAUAUGUCAAAGAGUAUGACGAUGGAAAGAAACAUAACCUUUUGCUCAUAAAUAAGGCUGAUCUGUUGACUGUUUCGCAAAGAGAGGCAUGGGCAAAGCACUUUAAACAACAGGGAAUUAGAUAUGCAUUUUUCUCUGCCUUUGCUGCUCUUCAAGAACAAGAGGCUGAAAAGCUGGAACAAGAGCGACUAGAUGAGAUUAAGAGAAGAGAAGAAGAGGAAAAAGAAGAGAACGAGGAUGAAGAGGAUGAAGAGGAUGAAGAGGAUGAAGAGGAUGCAGAGGAUGCAGAGGAUGAAGAUGAUGAAGAAGAUGAAGAAGAUGAAGAAAAAGACAAUGAUGAUGAUGACCGGGAAAAAGAGGAAUCCGAAGAACUCGAGGAAGCUGAAAAACCAGAACAAAAACCUCUUGAAAAGUUACCUGUUAGACAAAUUCUUCAAAAUAACCCAAUCCACAUUCUUACUGUUGAACAGCUCGAGGAGCUCUUUCUGACUGAAAUCCCCGAGAAGCACAACGAACCUAAUACCGAAGACGAAGAAGGUCUCGAUGCUGCUACAAAAAAUCAGCUCCACAAACGCGCUGCUCUCAAUAUUGGCCUCGUCGGAUAUCCCAACGUCGGUAAAUCUUCCACCAUCAACGCCCUCAUUGGCUCAAAAAAAGUCUCUGUCUCUUCAACACCAGGUAAAACAAAACACUUCCAAACUAUCAACCUCUCUCCUGAUGUCAUUCUUUGUGACUGUCCUGGUCUAGUGUUCCCCAAUUUUUCCAAUACAAACGCUGAACUUGUUUGCAACGGUGUCCUGCCCAUUGACCAGCUUCGCGAAUUCACUGGCCCUGCCGCUCUUGUUACCCAGCGUAUUCCCAAAUUCUUCCUUGAAGCCGUCUACGGUAUUACCAUUUUCAUCAGACCGAUUUCUGACGGUGGUUCUGGUAUUCCCACCGCUUCAGAGUUGCUCUCGUCUUAUGCGCGUGCUCGCGGUUUCAUGCGUGCCGGUGUCGGCAGCCCUGAUGAGUCGCGUGCCGCCAGAUACAUUCUCAAGGACUAUGUCAAUGCAAAGCUCCUCUACUGCCACCCGCCACCAAACUGGACAAUCAACCCUGAUCAGCUGCCGCUUGGCGCUAAACCUUCUGACAUCCAGGACCCCGAGUUCAUUGGUUCUCAAUUUAACUCUCAACUUUACAAGCUUAGCAGUCUUCCAGAGUCCCGCCGUCAACAAAUCUUGGCCGCUAUUGCCAAGAAUCGCUACGGUGACAAUGCCACAAUCCAAACUCUUUUCCAAAAUGUUCAGCACGAAGAACAGGAAAAGGCCACAGAUCCCUCUACUGCAUCUAAACUGACGCUCCGUCAGGUUGAAGAUACCAUUGACCUUGCAACUGAGCUCGAGUCACUCUCAUUUUCUCAACACGUGCCGCUCAACAAGUUGGCUGGAACAAAGAAUGUCCAACUGUCUGCCGGCCGCACUGCAAACCUGCAAGCCGUUGUCAGUGCCGGUGCCUCUUUUGACCAGGAUUUCUUUCAAAGCUCGUCAGCAUGGGGACAUCAAAACGUGCCUUUCCACAAAAAGGGGAAAAAGGGACCCAAACAUGUUAACGCACCCGUCACAAACAGCUUAACCAAAAAGGAGGCCAAAAAGAAGAGACGUGCUGGCGCCGCUGCUGGUGUUGGUAUCUAUAGUGAUGCUUAUUAA